GCAUUCUCUGAGUACAAUUCGCCCGAUAUUUUGUAGCAUAGCGAGUUAAUAAUUUUAUACAUUAUUUUUUACCCACUAGUCAAACCAAAAUUCAUAAACAAAGCAUCAAGUAACAAAAAACAAGUAAAACAUUAAAUUUUAAACAUUUUAUUAUACACAAGCUACCAAUGUGGAUGUAAGUAUUCGCUGUGCAAAGGAAGGUUCAAACAAACUUUGUGGAUUGGCUACUGCUUUGAUUGCCCAUGGCCGGUGGAGUUACGAUUAUUAAUAAAUGAAUAAUAAAUUACAGUAAUCGGUGAUUUGGUAUUAGUCAUAAACAUACUUCUACGCUAUAUACGAACACGCUUUUCAGCGGAAACAUUUGCAGCAACUUAACCAGUAUUUAACAAUAAAACGUUCCAAUAAUUACUUUACAAGGAAAUAAGUGAAAGGUAAAAUGUCCCAUGAUGCAGUGAAUAUAGAAGGUAUUAAGCGAGAACCAGUUUUAAUGCACAAGCAUGCUAAAUUCUGUAUAAGAUUUCUCAAUUUGCUACCUGCACGCCUUGCUUCCCAUGACUCCACUAGAGGUGCCAUAGCAUUUUUUGCAGUUUGUGGUCUGGAUGUGCUAAAAUCGCUGUCUCUACUUUCAAAUCAAAUGCAAAAGGAUGUUAUUGAAUGGAUUUAUGGUGGACUUGUGACUUCACUUGAAGACGGGCAACAAAGUUGUUGUGGAUUUCAGGGCUCACGAUGCGUAAAUAUCAUUUCGAAUGAUGAGCAAUUACAAGCGAAUGCCAAAUGUUAUCAGUGGGGUCAUCUUGCGAUGACAUAUACCGGCAUAGGUCUAUUAGCGACACUUGGCGAUGAUUUAAGUCGCUUGGAUCGGAAAAGUAUUGUCGAUGGUGUUGCUGCGGUACAACGUCCUGAUGGCAGUUUCAGUGCCAGCAUUGAUGGUAGCGAGAAUGAUAUGCGUUUCGUGUUUUGUGCAGCUGCAAUUUGUCACAUGCUAGACUAUUGGGGCAACGUUGAUAAGGAAAAAAUGUAUCAGUUCAUAAUUAGUUGCAUACGUUAUGAUAACGGCUUCAGUCAGUAUUUGGAGGGUGAAGCACAUGGAGGUACUUCGUUCUGCGCAUUAGCAGCUCUUGAAUUGAGCGGCCAACUGCAUCGCUUGGACGAAGAUACAAAAGAAAAUAUCAAACGUUGGCUAAUUUUCAGACAGGUAAAUGGUUUUCAAGGUCGCCCAAAUAAAAUGGUAGACACAUGUUAUUCUUUUUGGAUUGGAGCAGCGCUACGCAUAUUAGGUGCCUUUGAGCUAACAGAUUAUGAAGAAAAUCGUGCAUACCUUAUGGAAACACAAGACAACAUUGUUGGUGGUUUUUCCAAAUGGCCACAGUCUACAACAGAUCCGUUCCACACAUAUUUAGGUCUAUGCGGUUUGUCAUUUAUGAAUGAACCGGGUUUGGCCGAGGUAAAGCCCAGUUUGAAUAUGUCGAUGCGUGCCUACAAUCAUCUUAAACACUUACAUGCUCAAUGGCAAGCUGAAAGUACAGAUGACAAGUUUGCCACUAAGGAAACGCCAGCAUCAAAGCUUAAUAGUGAUGAUAAAUCAACGUCCGAUACCUCGCCGCUUAUAAAAGCACAAUAAGUAGCAUUUGUUUUACUCAUAUGAUAUAUAUUAAGCUAGUUUGAUUUUGUUGAAAGAGGGAAAGGAAGUGAAUGGAUAUGUAUUUGAUUUAGCUUUAUGCGUUUUUCACUUCUUUAGGCAAAUCCAUUGUAAUUUCUCGUUUAUUAAAUUUUAUAUUAUUAUUUUAUUUCAUUUUUUUUUUUUUUUUUUUUUUCAAAAAAAUCAAAUCAUAAUUAUUUUUGCACUAUGAAUUUUUUUAUUUACUCUAAAGCUUCCGCAAUCCGUUAAGUCAAAUACUCCGGUCACGGUAUGAGCAACGAGUAACUAUUGUGAAUUAUGACAUAAGCACAACUAUUUUUUAAAAGUAUUUAAUUAUAUUGAUUGAUAUUGUAAAUAAAAUUCAACAACUAAA